GCAAGAGGGACCAGCAGCCUUACCCCGUCAUGGUGUACAUCCACGGGGAGUCCUACGAGUGGAACAGCGGCAACCCUUACGACGCCUCGGUGAUGGUGGCGUACGGCAAGGUGGUGGUGGUGACCGUCAACUUCCGCCUCGGUGUACUAGGUUUCCUCAACACCAACGAGAACCCUUACCUCCGCUCCAUCACCAACUACGGCCUCAUGGACCAGAUCGCGGCGCUGCACUGGCUCAGGGAGAACAUCGAGGCUUUCGGCGGCGACAAAGACCGCGUGACAGUCUUCGGCCACGGGACUGGAGCCGCCUGCAUCAACUUCCUCAUGACCUCCAAAGCGGUGCCGCAGAGUCCCGGCUUGUUCCAUCGCGCCAUCCUGAUGAGUGGGUCCUCCCUGGCGCCGUGGUCCCUCGUCAGCAACCCCAGCAGGUACACGCGGCAGCUGGCCCUUGAGGUGAACUGCUCCCACACGGCUCUCGGCGAGGAGCUCAAAAAGUGUCUGCGCACCAAGUCCCUUCACGUGAUCAUGCAGGCCCAGGUGGAGGUGCCGGAGUACUACUACGCCUUCGGACCGACGGUGGACGGCGUGGUUAUCGGCACCGACUUUGACACCGACCGUCCGUCCUACAUCAACCGCCUGGCCAGCUACGACCUCGUCUUCGGCGUGACCCCGUCCGACGCCUUCUUCAGCUUCAACGACGACGACAUCAAGACGGGCUUCGAGAUGGACAAAAGGAACAAGAUAUUAAGGACCUUCAUCCGCAACACAUACAACUACCACCUGACGGAGAUCAUGGCGACGGUCAUCAACGAAUACACAGACUGGGAGCGUCCCGUCCGCCACCCCAUCAGCACCAGGGAGGAGACGCUGUCGCUGCUCUCCGAUGCCCUGUACGGCGCCCCAGUCAUGCACACCGGCAACCUGCACUCCCUGGCCUCCUCCAAGACCUACCUGUACGUGUUCGACUACCAGACCAGGAACGGAGACUUUGAGCAGCAGCGGCUCGGGUGUGUGCACGGCGAGGAGCUCCCGUACGUGUGGGGGGCACCUCUGGUCGACUCACUGGCACACUUCCCCACCAACUACACGCAGGCCGAAGUGAAGCUCUCCGAGACCGUCCUGACGUACUGGGUGAACUUCGCCAGGAUAGGAAGCCCCAGUGAGCCGGAGCCACAGGUCAACGACAGGAUGACAGAGAAGAGUCGAGCACGGACCCUCGAGUGGCCUGUGUACAAUGGCAUGCGGCAGAGGUACAUUGAAAUAGACCUCAAGCCUCGUGUCAAGUCCCACUACCGCUCGCAUCAACUAAGCUUCUGGCUCCACCUGGUGCCGCAGCUGCACCGCGCAGGGAAGGACGCGCCUGAGACCCACCACCACCUCGAGAACCACAAUGACUGGAACUCCUACCGGGGCUUCGUCAGGUCCGAGCCAGUCACCAGGGUGAUCCUCCCACCGGAGACAACAACGGAGGCCACAACUACCCGGCAGUACAAUGUGUCGGCGGUGUUACAGUCCACCCCAGCCAGCCCCGAUGGCAGCAACAGCACUGGUCUGCGCUCCCAUGCCUCACUCAGCGAUGGGUUCGCUGCCUACUCCACCGCCCUCUCUGUUACCAUCGCCAUCGGCUGCUCGCUGCUCAUCCUGAACGUGCUCAUCUUCGCCGGCGUGUAUUACCAGCGGGACAAGUCACGCAUGGAAGCCAAGAAGGUAGCAGAGAAUGGCGGCCUCCUCGCACCCGCCAACAGCAUCAGCGGCGACGUGCAUACGCCCCCGACCCCGAGUCUCGCUGUCAAGGCCGAGGUGGUAACCCGAAUGGUGUCAGGAGGCUCCAAGGCCCCUCCCUCUACCCCCAUGACCCAGACAACCCACUUGCCGCCGCCGGAGUUCGCCGACUACCCGGGCCAGUCCCCACACUACGGUACCGCUCACGGCGUCUCCCACCUGCACACGCUUCCCCGUGGCGGCCUCGCCAAAGUCAUUACCUGCGAGGGCCAGAAACAGCCGGGGAGCGCCAGCCUCACGCUGUCGGUGCCGCGUGCCCCGCCUCCCCCUCAGGUACCCACCUCCCACAGCUCAGAGUCUCAGCCGCUCCUGAAGCAAACGUCCUUCACUCUCACCUCACCACACACCUCCACGCCCUCCAAGAGCCCCACUAAAGAAUCCAACGUUGGAGAACUUCGAGUAUAGCGGUAUUAGAAGACUCAUCUCUAUAGUAUAGCCCUGCCCACCCUGCCUCUCCCAGCCCCCCCCCCCCCUCUCCCCCAACACCUGCAUUGCCCCUGCCUCGUCCACAGUUCAACUUGUGAACACUUGCAACACUUCUUUUUAGCUACUUAGGUUACAGUAGAACUCUUUCUCACUCCCGUACUCUAUUUGUUGCUUGUCAGACAUAGCCGUGAUACAACUUAAGUUUCUAUGAGGCUCCAAUCUCUACAAUGACGAAUUACUGGCGCCGGACGCCUUCCCUGGGUGUUCCACUGCCUCGGUGUGUCGCUCGACUGCUCAACUUUCAUGGGAAAAUAGUGUCCUGCCCUCGUGAGUGAGAGAACUUGCCAGCAGUCUCUUCGCCCUUCACUGUGUCCUCGUCUCAGUGUGGUGCGGUCAAAGCAGAAGUCAGAACCUCUUGGUGACACGUCUACGUCCAUUCCACACUAUCAUAAGCUUCUUGGUUGAGGAGGAGAGCCAUGUCCCGUGAUGAAAUGUGUGGUGGCAACCCAAGGUGAUCUUUGAAAGGGUGGAGAGGAAUGUUCCAACGACCCAGUAAUAGGUGUUGGGGCUGAAGAAAGACUGCAAGCGUGCAUCUCUCUUUACCAUGAAGCAAGGGUACGACAUCCUCACUUUAUUCAUUAUUCUGUGUGUAGUGUGCAGUUUCACGACAAGAGAUGUACCCAAAAAAAAGUUGAGGUGCAUAUAUUUCCUGCCAUGAUGACGUAGAUGACUUAGACUGUGUGUGUGUGUGUGUGUGUGUGUCUGUACAUGGAGUGGUGGCAGCCUCUAAGGGGCGCCACAAACCUUCUCGAUUACUGCACAAACUUGACGACAUCACUCCACUUUCAGAAAUACUAAACACUGAAAAAAAAGUUGAAAGUUAAUGAUCCCACGUGAAAGAGAGUCCAGCAUUGCAAAGUAUAAAGCAUCCACUAUAAAGAAAACAAGGUGAAGCCAGCACGAAGUAUUGACUAGAGCAGUGGUGAAAGCAAUGGGUGCGAGAAGUGGUAGUGGUGAGUUGGCCACCACGAGGACCAACAGAAGGUGAGUGGUCAGGCUCGAGUUACAUACAUCCCCGCACUUAAUGAAGGAACGUGUGAGGUGUUCUGCCAAGCGAGUGACAAUCUGGGUGCUGUUCUCCGUACGUUCAUAGCCGUUGUAAUGGUGCAGGAACCUCAGACGUUUUUCCAUUGAGUCUUUUCUGCACCGUCUAAGCUCGUGACUCAAGAGCUGCUCAUCACGACAGUCGGGACGGGUGAGCGUGACACCGGCCUCUGAAGUUUCCUUUUUUCCAUAAAUAUUUACCGUUUACCUUCAUGUAGGUGGGACGCUGCUGCUGCUGCUUCACCUGCCAGCCGUAGCAACAAAUGAUAACAAUGUUUGACUGUUUGUUUGUAAUCACUAUCAUUGUUUGUUAAGUGUUCAAAUUGCUCCUCCUUCUUUUGUACGACCCUUUUGAUAUUCCCAGCCACUGUCAGAGCCGACCAGUCUUGUAUAGCUCGUAGGUGCAGUGGUGGUGCAUGGAGACCCUCAAAGCUGCGUGGCUGGCUCGAAGGAGACUGUUAUUUCGAUGCUCAUGACAAGUGUUGCGGAUAAGGUGGCGGCCAUCCGAGGCGCCAGCUUCCCUGACACGCGGCAUAUGAGUCCUUCAGAGCAGAGGUUCAUGUUGAAUCUACUACAUUCCCAACAAAGCUUCUUAUAUUUUAACCGAUACAUGCACUUGUCUGACUGUAGAUUGAGUAGAGGGUGUGCGUGUGUGUAUGCGCAUGUGUGUGUGUGUGUGUGUGUGUGUGUGUGUGUGUGUGUGUGUGUGUGUGUGUGUGGUGCAAAGUUGUAGUGCAGCACGUCAUUCCGACACACCUGCCCCACGUCACUACCCAGGGAAGGAGAUGGGACGGGACCCUGACCAUAACCUCCUAAGCACCCGUGAUGGAGGUGCGUCGUCUGUAGGGGGCCGGAGAUCGAUGUGCUGCUCUAGGUCAUCGUGUACAUAAGGAUCAGUCAUCUCGAGAAGGGUAGGGGUGUGAGCGGCAAACAGGACGGAGGGUCACAAGCCGUCUGCGACCUCCAUAAUGGCGCUAAAGAAAAAACUCAUUCCAGGUUCUUAUUGUCUUUUUUUUCCAAGGCGAGGUGUGGGGUUAUAGAGGGAAGUGUCUGGUGUUCGGCUGUGUGUGUACAUCGUGUUAUUUUCUAUAUGAAGGACCAUUUGUACUGCCUGCCAUCUUUGUUCCUCUUCUUUGUAGCUUAGAAUAAUGAUGGAGAAGUGAGGGGAGGUGGUUGCCUUGACUGUUCUCACACACACACACACACACACACACACACACACACACACACACACACACUUAUGAGACCAGUUUCACACAUGGUUACGUAUACCUCACACAUCCGUACAUAUACGUUCAUUUCCCCCAUACACAGCAUCACAUCCUAGGCCUAAGUCAUCACAUACGUACCAUUAGAAACCUCUCACACCAUCCCUUCCUCUCUUGCAUCCAUCAAAGACUCAUAUCACACAACGUUCCCUUUCAUGUAAUCGACACAACGUUUCAUCCUUCUAUUUCAGCUUAUGAACAUCGAGCAACCUAUUCCUCCUCCUCCUCCGCCUUUUCCUACUUUUCCUCCCACCUCACGUUUCCUCCAGCAGCUUUACUUAGUACCAACACCUUAUAAGACUAACAUUUUGAGUCGUCCCUUAUAUUAGUUUGUGAAGGAAACGUUUUGUUCGUAUAUCUUAGUUUAUGAUCAGAGUCCAUGUUCUUAAAUGUAUCGGGCUCCCAUGACGACUAUUUUCCAAGCCCACAGAGAAGAUUACCCGGGUUUUCAUGGGUGGCUUUCAAGUUCAGGGUGAAGAAGUUGUGUAAAACUACCACGAGGGUCACAAAACAGCCCAUGAAAUGCCUAGCAACUUCUACAAGAGGCUUUUCAAACAGGAGAGCUGAGGUGCCGAUACGUUUAGGAAUACGGCCUCAGGUUGUUCCACAGGGAAGACUUGGUGAGUUAAGGUGCACUGAACGCUUGCCUUGGAGAUGGAUAUUUCUUGAGCGUGAGUGAGUGUUACAGGGUCAGUGGAGGUCAUUUUUACGCUACUAGGAAUUACUUUCAUAAACUGUGAAAGGUCAGAGCGAUGAUGUUUACAUCCAAUAUUAGUUUAAGAGCCAAUGUAAAUCUGUUUAUGUGAAUUGUCUUUGAUGGCAAUAAGUUACUCAUGAAGUAGGGUUAAUAAAUUGUUCAA